AUGUUCAUCACCACAGUUUCUUCUCCAAAUUCAUUUCCAGUGAAUCGUUUUGACAUGUUUGAGUCCAGCGAUUUUGGCCAACAACCACAGCACAAUAGUAACUACAACCAUAUGACCCCUUUAAAUCUUGCUGCAGUUGCAAAUGCUACUGCUACUACUACUACUACUACUACUAAUGGUGUCACUAAUAUUACCACUGGUACGGCAGGCAGCUACUCGGUGGAUGAACAACUUGGUAUUGAAUCAAACUCUUUGUAUGGAGGGUUUGGAUUAGCCAACUUGGACUUGUUUGACAAAGAUCAAAGAAAAGAAGUCACGCCUGCAUCAAUUGCAGAUACUGCUGCUGGUGAUUCUCAUUGGAACACCCCGCAAAUCCACCACCCUAGUGGUUCGUCCAGCUUGUACGCCCUGUCUGCUAACGUCAACUUGGCCAGCUACUCGACAACAAGGGCGUCAACACAUGACUUUGAAAAUGACUCAACCACUGCCACCAAUGCUACUGAUAAUACUAAUAAUACCACUAGCAUUGACUACUAUGGUGGCACGAAUGAUUCCAAUCUUGAACAAGAGCAGCAACCGCAUAUUGGGUAUAAUAAUAAUUUGUCAGAAGGCCAUCCAUAUUCAUCUGCUUCAUCGUUAUACUCCUAUGGCUAUGGCUACAUGAAUUACAACAUCAACAACAACAGCAAUGAUAAGGAGGAUAUGACCAGCUUUACAUACAACACCAACAACAACGUGGUCGAAAUGGCACAGCGCACAGCGUAUCUGAAUAUACAUGGAGGAGUGCCUAGCACUGAUCUCAACUCACCAUUUGCAGCAUCGGGCUUUGAAAGUCGCCUCAACCACACCUACAGCAAUCCCUUCUCUUUUCAAAACAACUUUUACCCACACACAAUCCCCAUGACUCAGUCAUUGUACCUUGACCCCAUUCAAAACUCAUUUGCAGCCUCAGCAUCGAAUUUGUCAUCUGCAAAUUCAGCCACAUCUACAUUCGAUCAACUUUCAUACAACUCCACGCAUGCCACGCAAUUGCACCCCUCAUUCCCUUCGUCGUCGAUCCUGCUGCUGCGCCCAACACCGCAGCCAACGUCUCGUGAUGGCAACAACAAAGCCCUAGCUUCCACCGCCAAAAAAUCCAAACGCAUAGUAUCUAAGCCUCCUACUUCUUCGCCACCACCACAGCUUGAAAAUAACACUGUUGGCAAAACAACCGCCUUCUCCGCGAAUUCAGACCCUGUUAAACAAAGGUAUCGUGUCAUUCGAGGGGUUUCUGCCGGUGGCUCGUCAACUCGGGCCCCCAGGGAAGCCCUUAAUAGCACUUCGUUGUACUUGCCAACCAAGUUGCGUCUUAUUGGUGCAUCAAUAGAAGACAUUUGUUUCCUGCCCUGGACGCUACUGGAGAGAGCCGAUAGACGGAGAAUCAUCCGAAUCGAAAGAAGACAAAACGGGCCCCAUAUAACUGCAAAUUUUAGCAUCGUUGACACUACUGACGAGAAGGGCUCGAUGAGUCAACCUGCACCUCCUAAUGUUGAUGUUGUCGAAGUCAGCUGCGUGGAAUGCGACGUUAUGUUGAACGACGACUAUGACACACAAUCAUCAGAUGAUGAAUACAACAGUAGCAGCAACAGCAUCAACAGCAUCAACAGCAAUUUUGUACUGGGAUCAAAAUUGCCCCACCACUACACUAAAACUGAUCCAGCCACUGGCUCAAAUUACCAGUAUUUCAUCACCUCGAUUGAGGUGGUGGAGAUUGUUGAGUUGCUCAUUGGGACUGAAUAUAGAGACGCCGCUGAAAAGAGAAGAGAGCGCGGACGUGUUAGAUCCAACCUUGUACCAUUCUGGUCAAAGAAGUCAAUCGGUUCGAAAAUGCACGAUUCAGGAGCUUUACAAGAUGCAUCGAUAAGAUCAACAACGGGAUCUUCAGCUUCAUCAUCCAAUGCAACCGCGGCCGCGGCCGCGGCCACGACAUCCUCAUCCUCAUCAUCAUCGCCAUUCAGUGGCAACCACAACGUGUCAAUGACGAAUCAAGACUUUAGAAUGGAGUUGGCGAAAAGAAUAAUAGGGUACAGGAAACCAGGAGGUUUUGACCGAGAAGUGCGAAUCUUGAGGUGGGAUAAACUCGUGCCGGCUUUGACCAGGGCUUUACAAAGUUAUUACACUGAAAUCCCUCAAGCUGAUGCUCAUUUACAGUUCAACUAG